GUAGACGUUUCAUUAGCUAACGGUGACAUUGCUGUCCAGCGCAACGUCGAUAUGGCGGAAGACUCACGGGAUACACAAUCUCCAACGGGAGACACCUCCAAUGUCCCUCCAGAAUUCUCACCUACCAAGAAACCGAAACAUGAGUUCCCCAAGUCGCAGGCGGCGAAGAUGUGGGAGGAGUUUGGAAACCCGGAAGAACCCAUUAACCUGAUUCCUGGAGCAUAUAACUCGGCGGGAGGAAAGCCGAAAGCUGCGUCAUUUAGAGAUGCCUUCCAGUCAAUGUCUUUAGAUAGGCUACUAUCGUUUUACAAAGUGCCUUGUGCGCGCGACUCUCUCCUAGUUGGCAUUGGCGCCGGUUUUGGCGUUGGCAGUCUCAAAGCAGUGCUUGGUGGACUUCGCGCAGCAUGGCCAGCCUGUAAUUGGGCCGUUGGAACCUUCGCAGUUGCCUCCAUAGGAAUGUAUGAAUUUUGCCAGCGGCGAAGGGUUCAGGAACGUGACGGGAUUAAAGAGGCUGUGGAACUUAUGCGAGAUCUCAAAAUUAAGAAACUAAAGGAACGAGAGCGGGCAAAGGCGGAGGCAGAAGCGGCAGCGGCAGAAGAGGAGCGGCGGCGCAAAAGCUGGACAAAUCUGUCGAAUUACAAGUUUUGGUAGGCAUACAUACAGGCGCAAGAGUCGGGAGUUAUUGUGUCAUUCCAGUAUGUUGGGGGAAAGCCGGAGUGAAAGGAUAUAUCUCAUUUGUAUAAAACAUAGCCAUGUGGCACUCCACAAUUUCUGUAUAUUAGACAUGCAUAUGAUUUCAUAACAAUGGAACGAGAUUCUUAAUCUGGUUUCCGAAUGCCUCUGAAGUUGGCAUGGCACAGUCGACAUAUCCAGCUCAAACGUAUCCGAUUGUUAAUCCUCCGUAGCUAUGUCAAAUUUGACCUUUUUAUAGACCUGUAUUUUGUUUUCCACAUGCUCGUCCGCAAGAAUCCCAUCACGGCGUGAUUUCCGCAUCUCUCUCGCCUCCCUCGCCUCACGGCUCUUCCAUUCUGCCACCUGCUUUUUCCUUCUCUGUGAUCUAUCCCACGCAAUCGCAGCUGUGGGCUUGAAACCAAUUCCGU